GACCUAAUCCACACCAACAUGACAAGCACAGCACGCAGGGCAGACGCCACAUCACCGGCUCUCUCGCUGAGCUUGCGAGUUGCGCUCCUCGAGUCGCUCGUUGUCGGUCGAUCGCAGCUGGGUAAUGGCGUAUCAGCCGCGAGCGACGCCAAUAUAUCAUCUACCUCGCGAUCGAUCCUCUCCAGGACGCUGCAGGCGCAGGAGAAGCUAGACGAGGCGCUCAAGCCUCAUCGUCCAGUCAGCCAAUUCGCAGCAGACUACAGUCACAAUCGUCCUUAUCUCAUUCCAUCCUUUGCAACACUCGGUGGCGGCACAUCGCUGACGUCAUCCCAAGAUGCUGGCAAGGGAGAAGGGGAAGAGCAAGCGCUACCAGGAGGGACCACCAUGACACCACAGACCCAGGUUGCGCUCUUGCUAGAAGCUGAGCAAGACCUGAGGGACCUCGAGAGAGACUUGAGACAGUGUCAGACGCUUGACGAGCGGGGCGUGGCGGGAGCAGGCAAGCUGGCAGACCACGAAGCACUAACUCCCAAAGUGGAGGAACUGAAGGCUUCAGCAUCGAAAAAGUCAAAAGACGACAAUGCCCUCGAAGAACAAGUAAUGUCUCUAGUCGAGGACUACAGUCGAUACGUCGAGUCCAUCUCGCAGUUGUUCAUACAUUGGGAUCACGCACUCAACGACCUCGAGCUGCAGGUCGGCGCCAUGGAGAGGAGCAGGGCGUGACACGGUCCCGGUCGACGUCUCUUGUAUUCAUAGUCAUCUAAUACCCACAUUCGACUCCCUCG